UCGUCGCUCGAUGAAGACACGUGUUGUGGCUCCUAUAAAGAGAACAGAAGAAUCCACCACCGUCCUCGGAUUUAGAAUUUGCUUGACUUUGAAAAGCUAGCAUUUAAUGGUUUUCUUAAUGAGAAAGGAACGAACCAUCCUUCGUUGAACUGAGGAGAGAGAUUACAAGAACUGUAUCUUUUCACCCUGCAACGCUCAAUUCCACGCACAAGUAACACAGCCAAACCCAAUGGAUCUCCGUGAAUCGAUCAGGAACCAAACCGACGUAGCAUUGAGCCUCUCCAAGCAAAUUCUCGUAACCGAAUCCAACAACUCCAACUUGGUGUUCUCGCCGCUGUCAAUUGAGGUGCUGCUCAGUCUCAUCGCCUCCGGGUCCAAGGGCAGCACACUUGAGCAGUUGCUCUCCUUCCUCAAGUCCAAGUCCAGCGAUCACCUCAGCUCCUUCUCCUCUCAGUUAUUGGCGGUUGUUCUCACCGACGGGAGCGCCAGUGGUGGGCCACGACUGAAGUUCGCCAAUGGCGUUUGGGUGGAUAAGUCACUCUCUCUUAAGCCUUCUUUCACGCAGGUUGUGGGCAGUAACUAUAAGGCUGCGACUAAUCAAGUUGAUUUCCAAACCAAGGCUGUUGAAGUGACCAAUGAAGUUAACACUUGGGCUGAAAAUGAGACCAAUGGCCUUAUCAAAGAGGUUUUGCCUUCUGGGUCAGUUGAUAGAACGACAAGGCUCAUCUUAACAAAUGCACUCUAUUUCAAAGGAGCUUGGAAUGAAAAGUUUGAUGCAUCAACCACAAAAGAUGAUGAUUUCUACCUGUUGAAGGGGGGCUCGGUUCGUGUGCCGUUUAUGACUAGCAAGAAGAAGCAAUUUGUAUGUGACUAUGAUGGUUUUAAAGUCUUAGCUCUUCCUUAUAAACAAGGGGAAGAUAAACGCAAGUUCUCUAUGUACUUGUACCUUCCAGAUGCUAAAGAUGGGCUGCAAGCUUUGGUUGAGAGAAUGGCUUCUGAAUCUGGAUUCUUAGAUCGCCACCUUCCACCAAAACAAGUAAAAGUGGAUGAAUUUAGGAUCCCGAGGUUCAAGAUUUCCUUUGGGUUUGAAGCUUCCAACGCUCUAAAGGGACUAGGAUUGGUGUCGCCUUUCUCUAAUGAAGCAGACUUGACUGAGAUGGUAGACUCUUCUGCAGGGCAGGGCCUGUGUGUUUCAAGCAUAUUCCAUAAAUCAUUUAUUGAAGUGAAUGAAGAAGGCACAGAAGCUGCGGCUGCUUCAGCUGGUGUUAUAGCAUUGAGAGGUAUUGACUUUCCCACUAAGAUAGACUUUGUAGCUGACCAUUCAUUCCUGUUCACCAUUAACAAAACAGGGUGCAACGACGUUGCUGAUUUUGCCCAAGUGCUCGAGCCACCGCAGGCAGAUUAAAAUCUUUCUGCAGCGCGUUUAAGUACAUCAAGCUAACUGACAGGUGGAAUUUUACAUGUAUUCAGUCAUUUAUACAUAUUCAGACAUACAUGACCCAGGCAUGCAAGCUAGUUUGGUUGUGACAGUAAGAUCGAUGCGCCAAAAACCUUAUAAAGCUACUGUACAUAAGAUCAAGUAAAUGGAAUUUAAAAAUCCUGCA